GGUGGACUGUCAAAGGUGGGCCUGUCAAUCGACGGGAAAAGCUUGGGCCAAAAAGCAGCGGACCGGGAGUUGAUAAGUUAGGCAUACCAAGGCAGUGAAGAGACAUGUCUUUUAUAUUUGACUGGAUCUACCGGGGUUUCAGCAGUGUCUUGCAGCUAUUAGGGUUGUACAAGAAGACUGGCAAGCUGGUGUUUCUUGGACUAGACAAUGCUGGAAAAACAACGUUGUUGCACAUGCUCAGAGAUGACAGGCUAGGACAGCAUGUGCCCACGCUACAUCCAACAUCGGAGGAGCUGACUAUUGCUGGCAUGACCUUUACAACAUUUGAUCUUGGUGGACAUGCACAAGCCCGAAGGAUCUGGAAGAAUUAUCUCCCGGCCAUCAACGGGAUCGUCUACCUGGUGGACUGCGCCGAUCAUGCGCGGCUAGCAGAGGCUAAAGUUGAACUUGAUGCCUUGUUAACAGAUGAAACCAUCUCCAACGUCCCGGUUCUCAUCCUGGGGAAUAAGAUUGAUCGUCCAGAAGCCAUCAGUGAGGAUGCACUCCGAGGAUUGUUUGGCCUUACUGGCAACACAACUGGAAAGGGCAAGGUGUCACUUAAAGAGCUGAAUUUGAGGCCGAUGGAGGUUUUCAUGUGCAGUGUGCUGAAGAGACAGGGAUACGGAGACGGUUUCCGCUGGCUCUCCCAGUACAUUGACUGAUGGAGUUUAUUAUCAUUUUACCUGAUUUACUGUUUCUAUGCACACAAGGACAGGUCCCACACAAAACUACCUACUGGAGAGAUAUUUUAAUAAUUAUAUUUAUGCAAGAUUUUGACUGUGCCAGUAGGAAAUGUAGUUAGAGUGUUUUUUUGUUUUUUUUUUUAUAACAAUAUGCCCUGUUUUCCUCAUACUUUCAAAGAAAUCCGUAGGUCAUAUGAGUGCCACAGUAAGCUAAAGAUUAGUUAUGAAUCAUCAGUGUGUACUUUUCCAUCGAGUACAGUGAAUAAGAGAUAGUCUUUAUGCUAUAGGUUACCUACCUUUACUUGAAACUUGUAGGCAGCCUCCACAUAUAGAAAAUGUCAUCGCCAUGAGCCACUUUCUGACCUAGGUGUAUUUUUAGCUGCUGGUGUUGGUUUACAGUUAAGGUCGAAUUGGUUAACAUUUUGUGCUCAGAGUUACUCUUGCUUGAUUGAGAGAGAUAAAAAAAAAACAAAACAUAACUUUGUUAGUACAGGUGACGCCUAAUGUUCUUAGAUUUAUUCUGUUUUCUUCUGAGUGGUGGUAAUCUUGAAAUGCCACCAGUUCUUUUGAAGGAUGGAACAGUUUCUCCAAAAAACUGUUUUGGUGAUUCAGUGCCAUAUAAUUUAUUGCCAAUCACAAAGGUAUUACUAAUAGUGUAGCCUACCUCCUAGAAUACUAACAGUUUUGUUGAUUGCCUUUUUAAAUCAAUGAAGAGUGUAUCACUACAAGACAAGUUUAUGAAUGUGACCACAAGUGCAUUAAGUGAUGUUCUGAUGUGAGCUUGUUUGUCGGUGUAUAAUGAGAUUUUGCAGUGUUUAAUGACUUGCAGGAUAUAAUCACUGCAUCAGCACCGCCAGGUGAUGUAGGCAAAUCAUCUAUAAUGGGAAUGCCAAAGUACCUGUUUUCAUCCAUGGUGCAUCACUGUGAAAUGCCUUGAGUACUUUGUGACUAUUAGCUGCCCACAGCUUGCAGUAAUGAUAUGAGAGUACUUGGGUUGUACUUAAAAAUAGGGCAAAAGUUUGCAUGACUUUACCAAUUAGUGCAAUAGUAUCCAUCAUUUUGUAAAUAUAUGUCAUUUAUACUACACAAU